UCUUUGGGCACAAAACAUUGGAUUUGACCUUCAAAUUUAAAUGAUUUAGAAUAAGAUGUGACAAGAAAUAUUGAAACUAAAAAAUUUCAUAAUUUAUGGGAGCCAUCUUGGAUUUUUGCAAAUUAGAUUAUGUUCCCAUAUGUUGAUCUGAAUAAACUUUCGAUAUGUUAUUCUUUCCAUAUUUAUGGUCUAGAUAAAGUUGGUUUCAUUACUAUUGCGAUUUGACAUGAGUUGACUUAUUUUGGCCUAACUUUUGUGGACUACUGUGAUUUGAGUUGCUUACUUGCAUCCAAUAACCAGGUUGAUGAUAACUACAGAGCAUUAUUUGAAAAAAUGUAUUGACAGCAAAAAUUACAUAGUUGUGUGCAUAUCUUAUGGUAAGGCAAAACUGAAAGCAAGGAAAAUAUAUGGUGCAGUAGCACAUAAGUUGAAUACUGAUAAUGAAACUUUUUUAUGCUAAUAAUAAAUGGCUCUCAAGGUUCAGGAAAAGGCUUACUUAAAGGACUCAGUGGCUGGUUGAAAUGGUAGAUACAUCUACAGAGGAGGUAGAAAAUUUCACCGGUGUCUUAAAACAGAUGAUAGAAGACAGUGAUUAUGAUCUCUGUCAAAUGUUUAAUACCAGUGAAACUGUUUUACUGGAAACAGCAGCCAAAAUUAGCAAUAACUGAUAAGGAAAAGAAAUCCAGAGGACAUAAGGAAAAUAAAUAGCACUUCAACUUUCUCUUUACAGUCAGUACAACUGGAGACUGUAAAAUGAAACCACUUGUUUCAUACAUCAUUGCCCACCCUCACAUUUAGUGCCACAAGGACAGGAAAAAUUUGAAUAUGCUCUGGACCUGCAAUGAAAAAAAUACAUAACAAUUGUCACCUGCUUAGUGUGGCUAGAUAAUCACUUUAUACUUGAAGGAAAGAAAUACUGUAAGAAGAACACCCUGGCUUUCAAACUGAUGUUGAUGGACAACACUUAUGUGCAACCACUACUCCUCAAAGGCUGCCAAUCCUCUGUGAGGUUGUUUCAUCCUAAUAUAUCUGCAGUACUUCAGUCCUUGGAUCAAGAAAUUAUCACCAAUAUCAAAUUAGAAUUCCAUAGGAGAACUUUGAAAGAGUUUGAGGAAACACUGGAUGCUGUCAGUAUACUGAUGUUAGUGAAAAAUGAGAUUGAUGAGCCAGAUGAACAGAGAGGUGUUUAUCCACAAGCAGAGGUUUGUGGAUAACUUCAGUGCUGGGACACGAGGGGCAGCCUCCACUGAGUACUUCCUGGGCCAGGAUUAUGCUGUCAUUUUCAUCCACCGAGACAAGUCAGUCACUCCCUUCCUGCGUCAUCUCAAUCCCAGGUUCUUAUUAGAGGCAAUGCAUGAAGGGCCAGGUGGAAUCCUACAGCUUUCCCCAGCACACUCUAGUCAGGUGCAUCCAGUAUGGCGCGAGUACCAGCAGAUCAAGUCUGAGGGCCGCCUUCUGUGGCUCACCUUCACCUCCCUCAGUGAUUAUCUCUGGCUCCUUCGUUCUGCCACUCAGUGUCUGCAGCGCUUGGCCCCCAAGGCUCUGCUGUACCUGGCAGCAGCUGUGUCUGACUUCUACAUUCCUCAGGAUGAGAUCUCAGAGCACAAGAUUCAGUCAGAAUCUGGUCCACUAACGGUGCAGCUACAGCUGGUGCCCAAGAUGCUGCGUCCUUUGGUCUCUGUGUGGGGUCCAGAGCUGUAUGUGGUGUCCUUUAAGCUUGAGACAGAUGAGAAGAAGCUGAUUGAGAAGGCAACAGCUGCCCUUCGGAAAUACAAGCAUGACCUGGUGAUUGGGAACCUGCUACAGACAAGGCGGGAGGAAGUUACACUGGUAACAGAGCGCGAGAGCAGUCUUCUGCGACUCACUGAACACCAGAAGGCUGAACACAUUGAGAUAGAGAAGCUCAUUGUAGAGGAAGUGUGUAGCCGUCACCGAAAUUUUAUUAAGUAUUGAGUUUAGUAGUGAAAUAGGUAAAUUUGUGUGUGUGUGUGUGCGUGUGUGUUGUGGAUGGAACUCAUAAACACUUGUGUGGAUGCUUAUGUGUUUGUGAACAUGCACACAGGCCUGUUGCUAGCUUUUUUUAAGGCUGGAAGUUAUAUAAACACACACACACACACACACACACACACACACACAC